AUUACUACUGAAGAAAUCUAUGCACAUUUCACAAGGAAUCGCUGUUCGUUGAAUGAAGCUUUACCGACGAGAAAAUGAUAUGCAGACGUCUAGAUGGUUAGCGGACCGGUUUAAUUUUUAGAAUGCAAAAGAAGUUCAACAUCAAGCUAGUGUCCCCUCUUGCAUAGCUAUAGAUAGCGUCUGUCCAUUCUUCACUGUGUCAAACGUGUUUUUUUGUAAAUGCAUUUCUCAGAUUAUGCUGCUGGUUUGCAAAUCUAGGACAACGUGAUCUCGAGGAACAAUAAAUCAGCUCAUUUUUAUCCAUGGUGUUUGCAAGUUGUAAAGAGAUGGAUGGUAUCGGGAACACAAUGCAGAAGAAGGCUGCGGAGCUCGAGCGCAUGGCCGAGGUUCUCGUCACCGGAGAGCAGUUGAGGCUGCGUCUCCAUGAAGGGAAGGUGGUUAAGGACCGCAGGCAUCACCUGAGGACGUAUCCCAACUGCUUUGUGGCCAAGGAGCUGAUCGACUGGCUGCUGGAGCACAAGGAGGCGUCAGACAGAGACACGGCCAUCAACAUCAUGCAGAAACUCCUGGAUCAAAGCAUCAUCCAUCACGUCUGUGACGAGCACAAGGAGUUCAAAGACAUGAAACUGUUCUAUCGCUUCAGGAAAGACGACGGGACGUUUCCACUGGACAACGAAGCCAAGGUCUUCAUGAGGGGACAACGGAUAUAUGAAAAGCUGAUGAUGAACACGGAGACGUCCAUCUUAGCGACUCGGGAAGAAGAGGGUGAGACGUUUGAACGGACGCUGGUGGCCUCUGAGCUCGUUGAUUGGCUGCUGGCGGAGGGAGAGAUGGCGACCCGAGAGGAGGCGGAGCAUCUUGGACGGAGGCUUCUAGAACACGGGAUCAUGCAGCAUGUGACCAACAAGCACCACUUUGUGGAUGGAGGGCUGCUGUACCAGUUCAGACUGAACUUCCGAAGGAGACGACGUCUGAUGGAGCUGCUGAACGAACGCUGUCGUACCAUCCCAGAGAGCCAUGACAGCCCCUUCUGUCUCCGCAAACAAAACCCAGAGGGAAGCAACACCAGCUUCCUAUCUGUGAGUCCUACUAAAGAGAUCAAGAUGAUAGUGGGUAUCCGUCGUAGCAGUAUGAGCAGCAGCUGUGGCAGCAGUGGUUACUAUAGCAGCAGUCCCACCCUCAGUAGCAGCCCCCCGGUGCUCUGUAACCCAAAGUCAGUGUUGAAGAGACAAGUGAGUCCUGAGGAGCUGCAGACCCCAGGAGGCCCUUACAUAAAGAAGACAUUCACAAUCGUGGGGGAUGCGGUGGGCUGGGGCUUCGUGGUGCGAGGCAGUAAGCCCUGCCACAUCCAGGCUGUCGACCCCAGUGGUCCCGCAGCUGCAGCUGGGAUGAAGGUGUGUCAGUUUGUGGUCUCGGUCAAUGGGCUAAACGUGCUGUCUCUGGACUACAGGACAGUCAGUAACCUCAUCCUGACCGGGCCCAGGACCGUUGUCAUGGAAGUCAUGGAGGAAGCAGAUUACUGAAGAGGCAGGCUAUCAUGUGGCAGGGGGCGUGGCUGAGCAGAGUAGACCCAAGGCAGACUCUAAAGACACCAUAGAGAUAGAACUGCCUUUAUGGAACUCUAUAGAAAACUCUCUCUGGGCUUUUAACUCUCUCUGGGCUUUUAACUAUAUGGGAAACUCUCUCUGGGCUUCUAACUCUAUGGGAAACUCUCUGGGCUUCUAACUCUAUGGGAAACUCUCUGGGCUUCUAACUCUAUGGGAAACUCUCUGGGCUUCUAACUCCAGGAAAGACUCAGUCAAGCUCUGCCAGCCACCACCCACGUCUCCUUCCUAUUGGACACUGCUUCCCUCUGAUGGCCUCCAAUAGAACUGCUUGGAGAAGAGAGAGGGACAUUAGUUACUCUGUUAGAUCCACACAUCUUGUCAUUGGUCUCCUGUCUCAUCUGUCUAGUUGAUGCUGAGACAUCAGAUGGACCCUGAUAACAUAA